AGUGGUUUAACCGUUUCAUUGUAAGCCGUGGAUCUGUGCCACUCGCCCCCCUGAGUUCAUUAAUACUGUAAAUGUGACUCAUAUUCACUUGAACGCAAUCUUCGCAUCGUGUACGCACUUGAGUGACAGCCAGCUAACGUUUGCACCCUUAGUUGUAUGUUCAAAAUCAGAAUCCAGGGGGUAAUGAUUUAUCAAACACUUAUUAUCAAGAAAAUGCCAAACGAAGGGCACCUUGGUAGCUACUGACGCACACGCCCGAUAGUGCCCAGGGACGUAUAGAAAGCGCUUGCUCGGGACUGGGCGAAAUCCAUUCUAAGUGGCGAUUCUCACUGCUUUUCCCCCCUUCUUCGAAUCCUCCGGAUCGCAAAACAUGGACGGCUUUGGCCAGGAAGGUAUGAUCAAGGAGACUGCCGGCAUCUUCUCGCCGGGGCAGGCCGGCAGAAGCGAGGUGGUCGGUGUCCCCAGAAACAGCCCUGAAACUGAUCCGCACCCACCGCCUUCAUCCGUGGCCACCGCCGCCGCCGCCCCGUCCACCCGAGGCAAAGCCCCCCUUCUCAAAGAAGUCAAAUCGAUCGAACCCGAGGUCGCCCAGACCGGGAUCUGUACCAAUGCCGCCGCGCAGCCCAACGCCGCCCAACACCAGGAUUCUAUCGAAAUCUCAGCGCGCAGGGAUACCCCGGUUGAAAUCAACGAGUACCCGAACAAGGUUUAUUGUAAGAUCGCCGAGGUGGAGGUGAAACGCAAUCCCGGGAUAACCACCGCGAAUGAACAGAACGACUCCGAAGGCAGUUGGGUCAACAAAAUCCCGAGCACUGUCAUCUUAGGAAGUGAUGGUAACACGGUUGUCUUAUCUGGUAACGCCAAUGGAGAAGACGGAGACGAAAACAAAGCGCGGGGGAACUGGUCGAGCAAGAUGGACUUUAUUUUGUCAAUGGUGGGCUAUGCUGUCGGGCUGGGGAAUGUUUGGAGGUUCCCCUACCUUGCAUUUCAAAACGGCGGAGGUGCGUUUUUGAUCCCAUACCUGAUAAUGCUGGCUUUUGCUGGGGUCCCCAUAUUCCUUCUCGAGACGGCACUCGGUCAGUUUGCCAGUCAGGGGCCGAUAUCUGUGUGGAAGGCCAUACCUGCUUUACAAGGCUGCGGGAUUGCUAUGCUCAUCAUCUCGGUCCUGAUAGCGGUGUACUACAACAUCAUAAUCUGUUACACCCUGUUCUACCUCUUUGCGUCGUGCAUGCCUGUGCUCCCCUGGGCAUCCUGUGAAAACAGCUGGAACACUGAAAAUUGCAGGGACAAGCACAAGCUGCAACUGGAAUCGUGUAUGAUUGAGGAUGUCAACAAAGUACAUAUUAAAAACACGUCGUUUUGUAAUUCUGCCUUUCCCAACUUCACGAUGGUGAAUUACACCAGGCCCAUAAACAAAACCUUCGUCAGUGGCAGUGAAGAAUACUUCAAGUACUUUGUGCUGCAAAUAUCUGAUGGGAUUGAACAUCCCGGGAAAAUCCGAUGGGAGUUAGCGUUGACCCUGUUACUGGCCUGGAUCAUCGUUUAUUUAUCCCUGGCAAAGGGCAUCAAAUCAUCGGGAAAGGUUGUCUACUUCACGGCCACCUUCCCUUAUGUGGUCCUUGUCAUCCUCCUGAUCCGUGGGAUCACUCUGCCCGGUGCUGGAGACGGGAUCUGGUACUUCAUCACCCCCAACUGGGACAAGCUUAAAGACGCCAAGGUGUGGAAGGAUGCCGCCACCCAGAUCUUUUUUUCGCUCUCGGCGGCUUGGGGAGGAUUGAUAACACUCUCCUCCUACAAUAAAUUCCACAACAAUAUAUACAGGGACACUCUGCUAGUGACCUGCGCCAACAGCUUCACAAGUGUCUUUGCAGGCUUUGUCAUCUUCUCCGUCAUAGGAUUCAUGGCUAAGGAACUGAAGGUCCCCAUCACUGAGGUCGCAGAUGAAGGACCGGGCAUUGCGUUUGUGGUAUAUCCAGAGGCCUUAACCAGACUUCCCCUGUCUCCGUUCUGGGCGAUCAUAUUCUUCCUAAUGCUCCUCACACUUGGACUGGACACAAUGUUUGCAACCAUCGAGACGAUUGUGACUUCAGUCGUGGACGAGUUCCCUGGAUAUCUCCGGCCGAAGAAACCACUGUUUACCUUAGCUUGCUGCGGAGUCUUCUUCAUCAUGGGGAUCCCUAUGAUAACUCAGAGUGGGAUUUACAUGUUGCAACUCGUUGACACCUACGCAGCUUCCUACUCCCUAGUCAUCAUUGCGAUCUUUGAACUGGUCGGAGUCUCAUACAUAUACGGAUUGAAACGAUUUUGUGAAGACAUCGAGAUGAUGAUUGGAUUUCAACCCAACUACUUCUGGAGGAUUUGCUGGGCAUUUUUCACUCCUACGAUUCUUACAUUCAUCCUCUGCUUCAGCUUCUAUCAGUGGGAGCCGCUGACAUACGAGACGUACAAGUACCCGGCCUGGUCCAUGGUGAUGGGGUGGCUAAUGCUGGCUUCUUCCGUCAUAUGGAUCCCCAUCAUGUUCGUCAUUAAAAUGCACCUGGCACCUGGGAGCUUUAUAGAGAGACUGAAGUUGGUGUGCAGUCCUCAGCCAGACUGGGGCCCGUUUUUAACGCAGCACCGUGGGGAGCGCUACAAGAACAUGAUGGACCCUCUGGGAACAUCCUCGCUGGGACUCAAGUUGCCUCGCAAAGAAAUCGAAUUAGGAUCUCAGUUCUAGUAUUGCCGAUUACUCUGUAUAAAUGUACGAGCUGAGCGUAUUUCCAUCUCCCUUCUCUCCUGUUUUCAAAUCUACCCCUCCCAUUUCCCUCUCAAGUGCAUCGACACUCUGGUUGAUGGGGUACUCCCCCAAUUCCCCAUUCCCAAUCCCCUUCUAUCCAUUUAGAACCCUUCUCGUUUGUCUUCUCCUUCCGCCUCUCUUGGCCAACUGUCUUCCACCACGUCUCCCCAUUCCCACCCGGAGCGAGUUAGUUCUGAUCCUUAGAUUAUCCGCCUUGCCCGUUACCUCUCUCCGGGCUACCCCCCCCCCCCC